GAAAAAGCCAAUGCUAGAAUUUCACUCCAUAGACAGAUAAAUUGCAAAGAGCUGACACAUACAGCUCUGCUACAUACAUUAUGCACAUUCUACAUACAUAUACUUACUAAACCUGUAUGGGACCAGUCAGUGGUGCACAUGGUGAGGCAGAUGCCACUAGUAGAUGGCACUGGGGUUGUCAUGUAGAAUGGUGACAUGACCCUUAUGCCUGCUUCACUGGAGACAGGAGUGAGUGUGAGUUGAGACAUAAGGGAUGAGUGCUCCCUGUGCUCCACCUCACUAUACACUUGUCAUACAUGUACAUGGCUACAGAUGGGGAAUAGUCCUGGAAUGGGAAGAAAAGUUGUGGCAGUGCAGAGACUGGAGGAAGGGCUGUGCUAGGAGCCCCCUCCUCUCCGGCCUGGGAGAGAAGACACAGAGCAUUGCCCUGACCUCCCGGGGAGCAGGAGAAGGAGGCUGAGGAGGUGGCACAUCCCAAGCACCAGCACAGCCUCAGCUGUCACUUUCCCCAUUGUGUAUGUGGAGGAGGAAGGAGAGCAGAGUGCUCCUCUUCUCCCUGCACUUCUUCUCCUUGUCUCCCACCCAGUCUCUGCCCCUCCUCUGUCUGCCUAGUCUGGAUGUAUCUGUCACUGAGGAGGAGAGCAGAAGACGAGCACCGAGGAGCAGAAGACGAGGAGGACAAGGGGAGGGGGGCAUCUUCUACACGGGAAGUUAUUCACUGAGCAGGAGGCAGAGAAGGAGAUGAUCUAAGGGGCGCAUCAUGGAGUUCUGGAAGAACAAGCAACAGUAACAAAGAGUUAAAUGUUUGCAGGGAAUACAUCAGGUGGAAAGCUCCAUGAUUUGCUUUAGGGAGGGGGAAUGCUUUAACCUCCACUCCUGAUCAAAGCUUCUCCUCUUCUCCCAGAUUUCUAGGCUGUGAUCAGCCAUUACUUUCCCUGGCAGCCUUAUAGGAAUUUCUGGCUUGUGUAUAUGUGUGUGUGGUGGAAUCACACUAUCUGUCUGCACAUUGCUGCCUGCACCAGGGAAGGAGCAAUGUGCUUCCCAGCUCUUCAUCCUUGAUCCUUUUUUGGUUGUUGUUGUUGUUGUUGCCUUUUUCUUUCGGCUUUUCUUCUUUUUGCAGACCGUGGUGGGUUUUAUUUGAUUAUUUCUUCUGUAUCAGGAGGGGAGGAGGUGGGGAAGGGGAGAGGGAGAGGGGUGGUUGCUGGUGUCUCUGCUUCUGCUGCUGCUUCUGCUGCCUGUGCUGCUGCUGCUGCUGCUGCUGCUGUGGGUGCAAUGGAUGGCCCACGGUGCAAUGGCUUUCGCAAGAAGAGGAGAUCCAAAUCCCAAAGGGAUAGGAAUAUGAGGUCCAAAGGAGGAUUAGGGCUUUCCAGGACCGGCUCUUUGCUUUCUUCUUCUGGAUCUGAGAAAGAAGACAAUGGGAACCCGACUGCUUCUUCCUUGUCCAGACCAAAGCCACCUAGGAGAAAGAGGAAAGAGUCCUCCUCAGCAGAAGAAGACAUCAUUGAUGGAUUUGCAAUGUGCAGCUUUGUGACUUUGGAAGCUCUGGAGAAAGAUGGAACCUUAAUGCCAGAUGAACGUGAAGCCAAGCAGCAGGCCCCUCUUAGUAAAAAGAAGCGGGACAUUUUGAGCAAUGGGCUGUCUUUCAAGCCCCAAAAGAACAAUAAACCCCAAAAGAACAAUAAAUAUAGCCACCACUAUGGCUCAGAUCGGGAAAAUGAUCGCAACCUUUGCCAACAACAAUAUGGAAAGAAAAGGUAUCAGAAGAAGCAGAAGCAGCUCAAACCAGGACAGAACAACUGCCGAGACAGUGAAAGUGAAAGCCCAGGAAGAGAAUCAAAACCUUCACAGAGAAGCAUUUCCCGUGAGCAUCUAAGUGAUAGCUCAGCGGCUUCCAGCUUGGGAACAGGCUACUUUUGUGACAGUGACAGUGAUCAAGAAGCAAAGGUUUCGGAUGCCGGUUCUGAGCAAUUCUUUAGUGCCGUUCCAAAUAAUGAUACAGAACUGGGUGUCAGUUUACUGACAACAAACAAAUGCAAAGAUGGUUCAUGUCCAGUUCCACCAAAAGUGUCGGGACUAGAGAGAAGUCAAGAGAAGAGUCAAGAGAGCACUGCUGAGCUACAAUUUGAGACUACAGCGUGCAAAGAACUAGGACCACCAUCACUACCUACCAUUCAACCUGAACUAGAGCCACAGCCAGUGCUGUUAUCUUCUCCAGGACCAAUUGUGAUUUCUCAAUCAGAGACACCUACACAGACACAGCCUGAGCCUCCUCAGCUUCCUCAUGUUGCAGUAGAGCAAGAAUCUCGAUUGCCACCUCAACCACAAGUGCAGCUGCCACCAAACGCUCAGCCUCCCCCUCAACCAACUAUUCAUCCAAGCCCACCAGUAGUGCAAACACGACCUCCUUCCCAAUCAUUGCAGCAAACAUUGUGCAACUACAAUAGCAGCAGCUUGAGUGUGAACAGUAUAAGCAGCAGAAGCAGCACUCCUGCCAAAAGUCAAGUGCCACCCUCUCAUUUAACUCACCAUCCAUCACCUUCUCCAUAUUCCCUAUCUUUACCAAACCACAGUCCCCUGCAUAGCUUUACUCCAACCAUCCAACCUCCUGCUCACCAGCACCACCCAAAUAUGUUUGCCCCACCUGCUGCUUUACCUCCUCCACCUCCACUGACUUCAGGGACCCUUCCAGUACCAGGACAUCCAGCAAACAGCACUUACUCAGAGCAAGAUCUUCUCAGACAAGAGCUAAACACUCGCUUUUUGGCUUCGCAAAGUGCCGAUCGUGGGGCAUCUUUAGGGCCGCCGCCAUAUCUGAGGACAGAGUUCCACCAACACCAGCAUCAGCACCAGCACACGCAUCAGCACACACACCAGCACACCUUCACACCUUUCCCGCACGCCAUCCCGCCUACUGCAAUUAUGCCGACUCCAGCACCGCCCAUGGUGCGUACCCCAGGCAGAAAUUUUGACAAAUACCCUACAAAAGUUGACUCCUUCUACCGCCACAGUUUAUUUCAUUCAUUUCCUCCUGCUGUAUCGGGUAUUCCUCCCAUGAUCCCACCUACUGGCCCUUUUGGAUCUCUUCAAGGGGCAUUCCAGCCUAAGACUUCCAAUCCUAUUGAUGUUGCAGCCAGACCUGGAACUGUCCCUCACACAUUGUUGCAAAAGGACCCAAGGUUGACUGAUCCUUUCAGGCCUAUGCUGAGGAAACCGGGAAAAUGGUGUGCUAUGCAUGUUCAUAUCGCCUGGCAAAUAUACCAUCAUCAACAAAAAGUCAAGAAACAGAUGCAGACAGAUCCACACAAGCUUGAUUUUGGCCUGAAGCCUGAGUUUUUGAGCAGACCACCAGGUCCGAGCCUCUUUGGAGCAAUCCAUCACCAUCCUCACCCUCAUGACUUGGCACGCCCUUCAACUCUAUUUUCUGCUGCUGGUGGUGGACACCCUGCAGGAGCACCUUUUGGUCCUCCUCCCCAUCACGGCAAUUUUCUCAAUCCAUCUGCUCAUCUUGAACCUUUUAACCGUCCUUCAACGUUCAGUGGUCUUGGUUCUGUGGGUGGUAAUGCCUUUGGAGGCCUUGGAAAUCCUUCAGUUAAAACAACCAGACCCUUCAACCACCCCCUCAUUAUGGCCUCCAAUUCAAUGUUCAGCCAUAAGGAAGGUCCAAAUAUGCAGGGCUUCAACAAUCCCCAUGAACCAUGGAAUCGACUUCAUCGGACACCACCAUCUUUCCCAACACCUCCACCUUGGCUGAAACCUGGUGAAACAGAACGCAGCUCCUCUGCUACAGCUCAUGACCGAGAUUCUGAGAAAAGAGAAUCAUUAUCUAAGGAUGAUAAAGAAAGGGAAAGUCUGGAAAAAAGGCACUCUAGUCAUCCUUCACCAGCACCUGUUAGCCAAGUAAAUUCAUUAGGACAUAACCGCAGUUUAUCAGAACAAAGUAGAAGUCACAUAACUAAUGAGGUACGAGAUAAAGAAAAGCCUAAAGAACGGGAAAGGGAUCACUCUGACUCAUGGAAAGAAAAUAACAUGGAAGAGCACAAAGCAAAAGAUAACCACAUUUCAGAGAAAGAAAACAUUGUUCAUGAAAGUAGAGCUACGGAGGAAGCUAAACAGCUGUCAAGGGUGCCUUCACCUUAUGUCAGAGCACCAGUGUUGGAGAGCACUAGACCCAAUAGCACUUCUAAUCGAGAAAAUGAAAGAAAAAGUGAGACUUAUGAUACUCAAAAGAAAAGUAAUGAUGUAAAAGUAAAAGAAGAAAGAAAGGAAGACCAUGAUGUUUUAGUUUCGGAAGGACCUACUAUUCAUAGAUCCUCUGAACAAGCUCCUCCGAUAUCUACUUCAAAUGUUCAUCCAAGUCAUUUAACGUCCAUGCCAAUGGCUGUGGGUGUAACAGGAAUGCAUCCAAUGAACGCUAUUGGUGGUCUAGAUAGGACUCGCAUGAUGACUCCUUUUAUGGGUAUAAGCCCAAUUCCAGGAGGUGAACGUUUCCCUUACCCGUCAUUUCACUGGGAUCCAAUGCGAGAUCCAUUGAGAGACCCAUACAGAGGACUAGAUAUUCAUAGACGUGAUCCCCUCGGACGAGAUUUUUUGUUGCGAAAUGAUCCACUUCACCGUCUUACCGCACCAAGGUUAUAUGAAUCAGACAGGUCAUUCAGGGACAGAGAACCCCAUGACUACAACCAUCACCACCAUCAUCUUUCUGUCGACCCACGCCGAGAACAUGAAAGAGCAAGUCAACUGGAAGAGAGGGAAAGGUUACAUAUGCUUCGAGAGGACUAUGAACAUGCCCGCCUACAUGCAGUUCAUCCAGCUGCAUUGGAUGGUCACCUGCCUCAUCCAAGUUUAAUGACACCAGGACUUCCCAGCAUGCAUUAUCCCAGGGUCAGUCCUACAGCAGGACAUCAAAAUGGACUUCUUAAUAAGACUCCCCCAACAGCAGCACUAAGUGCCCCACCUCCACUUAUUUCUACAUUGGGAGGACGACCAGGUUCUCCCAGGAGGACUACUCCAUUGGCAGCAGAGAUAAGAGACAGACCUCCUUCUCACACAUUGAAGGAUAUUGAAGCACGAUAAAUACAUUGAAAAAGCUUAUGGACAAAUAGCCUGAUUAAAUGUAAAUCAGGGCAAGACUUGACACACAAUCUUUGUACAAAUGUAAAAUCUCUAAGAGCAAUGAUUUUCACUUUUUGUAUAUUAUCUGUUGCAAAUUUCCAUAUCUUUUGGCCAAUUUAAAUGUUUGUCUUUAAUUGAUUUAUUUUACUAAUGUAAAGCAUUUGGUUGGACUUGAAGGGGAUAAUUCAUUACAUCCAUAUGGACUGUAUCAGACUUAUGAUAUUGAAAGAACAUGUAAAUAUUUAUGUAAAAACUAUUUGCUUCAUUGGGUAUUGGUUCAUAUAUGCAAAAGGAUAGGAUGAAAGCUUUACUGUGUACAAAUGUAAAUAGACAUAACAUAAUACAAUAAUACUUCUUAAACUGUGCAGUUUACAAUGUUACUAUUUAAAACACAGUCUGUUUAUACUGUGCUGUGUAUAUUAUUAGAGACAACUAAACCCCCUCAACUAUGCAAUUAUUGUGGAGGCUUUCACUAUAAAGCCGUUGUAACACAAACUGAACAUUUGCCACACUUACACAGCUAAAGUCAUAUUGUCCCUAAGAAGCUUGUGUUACUACAUUGUUUGCCUUUUUUUUUCUUUUUUUAUCCACCUGUGUUUUAGAUCUCCAGUACUAUCAUUGUCUUGUCACAAUGAACACAAACAAAUAUUCAUCUAAAAUUAAGAUACAUCUUCCUAUAAAUAUAAGGCUUACUUCAUAUUGAAAACAAUAUUGGGAAGAGCUAGGUCAAGGCAAUGGUAACAGUGGUUACUAUCAACUGGUAGACUUGUCACCUUGUGUCCACCCGUUGUGCCUGAUGGCCUGAAGUCGUGGCCAUGCUGAUCCACAAAAUACUAACAUUCACACAGGAUGUUUGUACCAUAUGUUUAGCUCAUAGUCAGUUUAUUAAGCCUAGAUAUUGUUUACAUAUCUUUGAUUGGAGAUUAUAUGACUUUACCUGAAGAAAUACCAUACACAUUUGGUUUACUGGGUUGUAAAUUAUAUGUAUGAAAUAAACAUAGUUCAUUGGUCUUCUAGUGUAUUAAAGUGAUCUUAAGUUGUUAUCCUGUUUUGGCAAAAGCAAAACAAUUAAUAAAACUCCCAACAGUUGUUUCUAAUAAGCAGAGAUCUAUUUUAGUAGUCAACUGAAGGUUUAGUUGUGAGCUUCAGAUUUUGUGAACUCCAGAUGUUGUGCAGUGUUUUUUUAAGGAGCAAUCUCUCCCAGAAGAAUAUGUACACUGGAACAGUAGUGGUAGCUUUCAGUAUUGUAAAGAGAUUGUUAUAUACAAACCUUUUGCUGUUUAUCUUGUAUGUAAGAAAUUCCUUUUUAGUACAUAUACAAAGAGGAAAAAAAGAGAACUGAAAAGGAAAAAAAAAAACAAACAUAAAAAUGAAGCGACUCAAUCUUCAGCAUGUUCCUCAUCAGCGAAGACUUGUGUUAUGUAAAUUGUGCCAUGUUAUU